CUACUGACAUUCUCCUUAAAACAUGGUGGCUAUUAGAACGCCAUGUUUUCCGUGAUGUACGAGCAUUAGACUAUUUUUUUGAAACUAUUUAUUUAUAUUAGCGAAAUGGCUGAUGAUGAUUCGAGUUUAUUAAAAGAAGACGGCUAUCUUAAUAUAGAUGCUGAAUGCAGAAGUAUAAUCUAUCAUCCUAAUUUAAACGUAUUGCUGAUAACAACUAGUAAUGCGCAAGUAUACGUGUUUGAUGUCAAUUUCGGGGUAAUUCUACAACGAAGUAUCAUAUCAGAUAAAGCUGAUGGAAAAUUACUGGGAGUUUAUCUCGCCGAUGGUGUAGACAAAAUAUUGUAUACAAAUGGCAAAGGAAUUGGUGUCAGAAGUGAUUACAAUGGUGUUUUACUGUUGGAUACCAUACUACAAACACCAGUCUCCAGAAGUGAAGAUAUAAUAAAAUUAGAAUUGUUGCUUUCUGAAGCUUGUUUAUUGCAUCAGUGUCUUAGGUUGGUAGAUCUACCUGGAGUUGAUCACGUGCACAGUGUACUACAGGAAUUGUGGAAUAAAAUUCUUGUUGCACAAGAAACUCAAAAAAAAGGCAUCAAAGCUCAAAAAUGGAAUAUAAUUUGUCUCGAAUUACCCCAUGGAGUACUCAAGCUUGUAUGUUCUGGGCUAGUGACCGAACUAAAAAAACAAAACAAACACAUACCAGCUUUACCUAUUGCUUCUGCUAUUAAUGAACGUCUCAACGGCCUACUUCCUGGCUUUAUUUCGGAAAAUGGACCAGCUGACAAAGCUCCGAUGUUCAGUGAAGCAGCUAGACGAGAAACAUUUUUAAAAUGGCCUCACAUGAAUUACAAAUAUAGUAACCGAGAAAUGUUUCUCAGGUGGGCUUUACCUGGUCAGAUGGCACAAGCGGGAUUUUACUACGAACCAAAUGCAACAGCUGAAGAUAGAGCGAUGUGCUUCACAUGUAAUGUUUGUUUAGUAUGCUGGGAACCGACUGAUGAGCCUUGGUCUGAACACGAGCGUCAUUCACCUACCUGUCCUUUUGUUAGGGGGGAAUAUACGCAAAAUGUUCCAUUAUCAGUUACCCUUGCUACAGCCCCUGCCUGUGAAUCAAACGUUGAAAUUAUCAGUACAACAAACGUUCCCGGACUUAUUGCAACGGCAUCUCAUAGUGGUUUUGUUCAUAUUUGGGAUAUUAACAGUCAAUUAAAGAGUGAAACAUCGUUUUACAUUAGAUCAUGUAAUCAAGAUACUAAUAAUGCAGAUUCUUUACAAUUUUACGCUACAAAAAACUUAUCGAAUACUUAUUUGUCAAACCUCAACUCUGAGGGUGAAUCCCUGGGUGAUUUCAAAAGUGCAAAUUUUCAUAAAGCUCACUUAACAGCGUUAUCAAUUAUAGGCGGUCCAUUAAACGUAGAUGAAUCAAAAUUUAAAUCAGACUCUACUAAUUCUGCCACAAUUCCAGAAUGUACGGACAUGAAUAUUAGAUCAUGUUUAGUAUGUGGAAUUUCUGUCAUGAAUUCCGUCAAUAGUUCGUCACAUCUACGGACCCUGGAGAAUGUUUGGGCAAGUACAGACAUGGCGACAUCUUCAUCAUUAGUCCGUGCAAUGAAUAGUGUAAAUAGUGCUGCCAGUGAUAGUUUAGACAUAAUGAAAAUUGCAAGUGAUAACCAUGAAUCUGCUAAAUCUCAUUAUAUUGUUCUUUAUGAUUUUCACCACAAAGUCGCAACAUCGAAAGUAAACAAAGAGAAUGUUGAAAAACAUUUGAAAAUCAAAAAAACACCUUCAGGCACUGGAACUAGUUCCAGUUCUACAAGUGGUCGUCAAGAUAGCCUUUAUCAAGAGCUGUGUAUGAGUAAAUUACUCUAUGAAGUUCCGGUAAUAGAAGAAGUAGAUUCAGAUAUGAUCGUGGGUGCACAUUUUGAUGGAAUUUUUUCAAAUAAAGAUGGUAGUUUGAAUGCAUCUUCAUCAAACACAUUGUAUCCAGCUUCACUUGGGUUAUAUGUACAACCUUCCACGACAAGUUCUACUCCUUAUGAUGCUAAUUUUAAUCCUAUCAAUGAACCUGAUCAACUAGCUUCAACAUCAGACGUCUCGGAAAUUCAUAAAAAAGUGUUAGACGUAACUAAAAAUGUGAAGUCUGAUCCAAUAGUCUUACAAAGUUUCGUAAUUGAUGCAGAUCCUUCUUUACGUAUAACUUUUGUUGGACCUACUAAAGACGGUAAACAUCUGUAUGUUGCACUUACCUGCCAAUCAACAGAACAUACUACUUCAGACUCACCUUCCAACACAAAUAAAAUGGAUGUUGAUGAAGAAAGUGAAAUUUUUUCUUCAAAAAGUUACAUGUAUUGGGAUCAAAAUGAUGAUUCAUCAGAGAACAAAACAAUAAAUAGUGAAAAUCAUAAUUUUGUAGAUUCUGCAAAAGCUUUACUAUUAGUUUAUGCUUUAGAUUUUUCAGAAAAAGUUCCUAAAAUUAUAACUGAACCUGUUGUUAAACGCGAAUUAUCCGCAAAUCAAACACCUAUAACGCAUGUGUUUUUACCGUUACAAGAAAAAUACAAAUCAUAUUCAUCAAGUAAAAGUAAUAUAAAUAUUAAUGAACCACGGGGUCAAGUAGCUUUAGUCUGUAAAGACGGCGUAGUAAGAAUAUUAAACUUAGCCACCCUAAAAAUAGUAUCUGAAUCUCGACCUGAGGGAGAAAAAUUUAUAUCUGCAACGUAUUGCAGUCGACUAGAACGAUUAUGUGUUUGUACGAGUAAUGGAACUCUACGAUUUUUCAUUACAGCUGAUGAAGAUGAUUCUUUAGAAGGAAAGGAUGACAUUGAUGAUAUAAACAUGAUUGUCACAGAAUCUGCAGUAUUAAAUCAUGAGCAAACUGCGCCAAGUACUUCGACUUCUUCAACAAUUUAUCAAGAAUUGAUAAUUGCGCACAGGCCAAAUUUAACCUGCUCAGAUUUACGAAGUUUAUAUGAUUUAACACGCUUUGAUAGACAGUCUCCUGCAUACAGUGCAACAAUCCCUUCAUGUUGGAGUGAAAUGAUGCAAGCUCAACGGCAAAGACGCUACCCACAACAUUUACAUCAAUCUGAAAAUCAACAUCAUACACGCACAUGGCGACUUCAAAAUGAUUCUACCACGUGGGAUGAGCAUAUAUUUGAAAUUACAUUACCCAGAAAAGUAGUUGGAAAUAUCGGACACAUAGAUGUUCGAUUCAAUCUUCAUUCUCCAUGUCUUGAGCCACCUAAUAUUCAAGUUACUCUUCUUAAACAAAAUAUCACGGGUCUUGGACAUCAAAAAUCACAUUUAACUCCAGUUGAUGAAAAAAUACAGUUUAAUUUAAAUAAUGAGCAAAAAGGAGAAAAUCCCAUUAUCAGUGAAGAAUUUCAACGACAACACAACACAGAAAUUCUUUGUGGACCAAUAAAUUUAAAACAUUGUAUGGAUCUUUCUGAUCAUUCAGGCUGUAUAACUCUCACUAGUCCGAAACUCUUUCGUACUAAGGCAAGAACACUACUUGUCCAUAUUAAAGCGCUAAUUGACCCAGCUAAAGAUGGUGGAACAUCUACCUCAAAAUCUCGAGUCAAUUUACUUGAUAACAAACCUCCAACAACGAAGAAACAAAGAAUAGAUGAUGCUGGGCCUUUUUUUCCUGGUACUAACGUUGAAAGGUUUGCAGCUAAUGCUCAUAAAAAGUUGGAAUAUUAUAUUGGAUGUGAUUGGAUUCAUGAAAUUUCAAUUACUGUAAGAACUGUUCAACCUACAAGUAUUCCGAAUGAACGUACUCAACGAUGGGCAAUGUUAGACUCAUCGUUAUUUACAGAAAAUUUAGUAAACAUCGCAUGUUUACAAGGGGCUGAUAAAUCACUCAUCAUGCAAUCACUUGCAUUGGAUAUUCUAAUAUGGGUAACAUCUAUCAGACUUUUAAGACUACGUGUCGGACAAAAUGUUGCGGAAACAAAAGCUUUUCAAUUAGACACAAUUCGAUGUAUUCAAGUACAUUUACCAGAACUUCUACGCACUUGUCUUUUCCAUGCUGGUAGAUCUAUAACUCAUAAGUGUGUUAAGUUAAUAAUUAUAUGCAGUGAAGGUUUAAAAAAUCUAGAUGAUAAUACUUUGAAUUCAUUUGAUGAAGCUGUAUUAUCUGUUCUUAUCACACUCCUGCCUUCAAUUAUUAGUAUCCGAUGGGCAGGAUCUUUACGUUGGUUAACAGUUUUAAUUAACCGACUUUUACCACUUGAUCAAAAUCACAAUGUCGCACAACAAUGCAUUAUAAUUCUUCAACGAAUUGCUGGAGAAAUGUCAAAUCGAGUUAAUCCAUACCACUUAUUACUUGCAACCAGAUUUGGUUUAUAUAAUAAUCCAUUUGAGACAAAAUUAUUCGACAUUGAAACUCCAAUGCUUCUUAAAUCCAAUUCUUUACCAUUAACUUAUGCAUCAGUCGUAACUGGUGAACAAACUUCGUCUACCAUAUCAAGUGGUGAUAUGUAUUCACAGGAUCAUAUUGAUUUACGAGAUUUAUUAACAUUACCAAUACAUUCAAAUAGUGAACUUGUUGUGCCGAACAAACUAAAAUCUCUGUAUACAAAUCAUAGCACGAAAGGUUUAUUAGAGGCUGAACCAUUACAUUUCACAUGUCAUUCCGUUUCUGACGGUACCAAAAUGGAAAAAAUGGAUCUAGUGGGAAAUACUGUUAAUUUCACAAGUCUGUAUGAUAAUGUCACGAAUAAUGGUGUUCCAGAUCUCAAAACUGUUCAGCCAUCUUAUAGUUUGGAAGCCGAAUCGCUAGGGUCAAAUUUAAAAACUACGUGCGAACAGAAUUUAAAAGCUCUACUUACUCACUGUAAAGCUGAAAUGAAUAAAAAUCCAACGACACAAUUAUCGAUUAUAUCUGAUGAUCAAUCGGACAGUGAUGAAGUGAAUAUGACGAGAGAUGACCAAAAGUGGCACGUCAAUCAAACUGAUUCAUCCAAUUUAAAAAAUUUAACAUCCUCUAUUAUAAAAGAAAAAUCUUUCGCGUUGAAUAACAAUUCUACUGUGUCCAAUGUCGAUGAUAAUCAUAUAAAAAAGCGUGAAGAAAUCAAUUUCCCAUGGGCGCGAUUACUUAGCUUACCAUCACAACAAGCUUUAGUCGUGGAAAGGAUGCAUUCAGGAGCACGGCGAUUCAUCGUUUUAGAUUUUGGUUCUCCUGUAUUACUUACAGAUUUGAUGAUACCUUCUUGUAGUGAUUUGGUUUCACUUUCAAUAGACAUUUGGACAAAGAGUGAAGAAAAAGAUGGUAUUAGACUUGUUGUCGCUGGAGACAUUGGCACAAAACCUCUUAUUGUUAAUGAUCUUCAACCUCCGCCAGUAUGUAGAUUUUUAAAAAUCACAACAAUAGGUCGAUAUGGAAUGACAACAACUAGAUGUAAAAUACCUUUAGGAAUGUUUUAUGGGCACAUAGUAGUUUUACCAGGAGAAGAUUAUUCUGACAUGUUCCAUGCACAAUCAAAUGAUAUUAAUCGUAAUGAUACAAAUUUGAUCGCAACUAUUGAUUCGCAAUGUAAUAUAUUAUCAACUUUAGCUGAAGACAUUCAAUGUCGAUUCAGUUUAGCUACUGAAAAACUUAAAGCUCUACUAGAUCCAUUAUUAUGUACUGAAACACCCAAUGUUGUGCAUAUGCAACACUAUCUUUCUCGAGGUAAAAAUCUUACAGAAAAUAAAGAACAACCAUCGAGUAAAAUUUUAUCUACAUAUCAAGAAUGUAUUGCAUUUCAACACCAAUUGAAUAUUAUUCGUGGUGUAUGGUGUCGACUGGAAAGUUGGAAAGGUGCUGAAAUGCCUUUGACAACGCAAUUGUCAAGUGUUCCAAGUGAUAAGUUAAGAAUUCUUGGCGAAACACUUUCUGAUAUUCUCCUUUAUACUAUACAUGAAAUUGAACCGAUUCCAACAGUUCCAUCAUCUAUCUGUGAGAUUUUCACUCCAUCUAUUUGUGAGCGAUUUUUCCACUCAAUUUGUGUAGUAACUCCAGCUCCACGAUUGCAACUUCACGCAGUUGCUUUAUUAGUUCGUAUGGCUGGACAUCAGCCAUGGUGGGGUAAUUUCUUAUCUAACACAUUGAUUAAUUUAUAUUCAUCAUCUUCCACGGAUAUUUUUCCACAAGAUAGGGUAUUCAUAUUAUUAACAUUCCUUGGACGAAAAUCCCUCAAUUCUGGAGCUAAUAAAUCGUCAGUAAUUGACGCAAUGGUUCGAACGUUGGGAAGAUUUUUAAUUCCAAUGUCUGAUUAUCAACCUUCCAAUGCAGCUCAGUUAGAUAUAAGUCUUAUUGGUUGGAUCCUUUUAUUUUUGUCCGUAUGUUUAGAUACAGCCACCACUUACUAUACAUAUUCUGACGAAAAUGGAAAAAGUAAAGAACAUGGUAUUUCUUCACGUUGGGAAUUUUUACAAGGUGAGUUAGCAAUGCAAAGAAAAUACGUCAAUGCUAGUCGUACAAAUGCUUCACGUAAUUAUCGUAAAAAAUUACAAAAACGACUUAUGCAUCACAAACAACAAUUACAUGAUGGUGAUCCAGGAAAAAAGUACAUUCAUGUAUCAACUUCACAAGGUCUAGUUUGGUCGAGUGGACCACCAAUUUCUACAUUGUCAAAUAAGUUAGAGGUUCUAAAAAGUCAUGAAAAACAUUUGAAGAAAACCCUCAAACAGCAUUCAGCAUUUCGACACUUUAGAGAUAUGAUGAAACGAAACGAUCUUCACCAUGUACCUCGUUCAAGUCGUAAUGCUAAUGCAUCAAAUUCAAAGUCAGAUAUUCUUGACGCAGAUGUCGACAACCUUUUAAAUUUGUCAUAUCAAUCUGUAUUACCAGUUGUACGAGGGCUCGUAGCUUUAAUUUUACAUAACACUGCAAAUAUAGACAUGUUUUUAUUAUCUUGUAAAAUAAUUGCCAAACUAGUAAUAUCUACACGGCCUAUAAUCAGUUUGAAUGAUUUAAUGACAGAAGAUCAGCUAUCAAAAUUAAUAAAACUAUCUAUGAGCAAGUCAGAUGCAGCUUGGAUGUCACAUGCUGUUACUUGUCUUUUACAAGAUUUGUUUGAGAGUGGACGAUUAUUUUCAAAGCCGUUUUCAAUGCAAGAUAAUAUACAAACGGAAGAAAACUUUGAUGCCGCCGAGAGUGAAGAAGAACAAGGAGGGGAUGAUGAUUUAGCAGGAACGGCUCGAACAGGUGGAUCUGGAACGACAGUAGGAAAUGACGAAGGAUUCGCUGAAGGUGAAGUGGAUGAAGAUACACAAGAUAGUAUUCCUACGAUUCCACCUACACCAUCAACCUCAAAGUCAAAUGGAUUUGACUUGCCAUCAUUAUUAGAAUCUGAUGAUAGCGAACUUGAAGAUUUUCUCGACGACAUUUUAGAAAAAGGAAGAAAUAUGUUGAAAAAAGGAAACUCUAUUCCCAAAAUUCCACAAUCAGCAAGUUCAGGAAUAUCUUCAGCUCUUGAUGCCCGGUUAGAAUAUGGUGUAGAAAUGGGAGUAGAAAUAGCCUUAAGAAGAUAUUCAACUUUAGGAGCAUAUAAUUUACCGAGAAGUAUAAAUGCACCAAUUCAAGUGCAAGUAGAAACUAAUCGAUCAAAACAGUUUUUGUUGAGAAAUAUUGGGUCAACAGAUAGAAAUCACGAUAUGAGAACCUCUACUGAUUCAAUACCUAGUAGUCUAUCGAUGCUGAUGCGAUGCUUUGAUAAAAUAUUUACUGAUAUGUCAUUUCAAAAUUCUGGUAUAAAUUUAGAAUUAAUAUUACAAUUGUGGUUAACAUUAAAUUUAGAUGCGUCAAAAACUCCGUCUGCGAAUACUUCAAAUCAAUUUGAUCCAUCAUUAGUACCAGUUAUCCCCCUCAGCUCCACAGCAAUUUCUGGUCUUAUAUCAACUCUUCUUUGGCAUCCUGGAAUCUCUUUGCGCGCAUGGUGUCUUGCUCUACAAACUCUGACACUAGCAAGUAAUGAACCAAUGCCAAGUGAUCAUAGUGAUCCAAGUAUAAAUACUCCUCUGGACGGAUUACUAGGUGGUAUGGCUUGUUGCAUUGUUAAAAAUCGUAAUAUAGGACCAGUACUUUUACGACUUCUUUCUGGUAAUGGUUUAAAUAUUGAACCACAUGAUAAACAAUGCAUGAUCGCUGGUCCUAAAAUAGGAGAAGCAUUACAAGAUUUUUUACUUCGACUUGAGAUGCGUUGUGAUGUAAUUACACCAGGAAGUGUAUUGGGCAAUGCGUUAAAAGAACUUUUACUAUGGGUCGUUUACGAACUCAUCCAACCAGGAGGUGUUAUUGUCGCCCGUCGAGGUCCUCUGGAUGCACAAUGCAUUCUCAUAACUUCUCUUAUUAACCUAAAUUUCAUGAAUACAGACCUGGGAACUGCCAUGAGUAUAACAGAAUGUGUUGGAGUUUUAGUUUCUACUUACGUUCAAACUUCCAGAAUUGGCGCACAGUGUAGCGGUGCUGUAGACUUAACAAAUCAAUCUGGUGGGUUUGGUGGACUUUUUUCCGGCGUUCUUGGCGCAACUUCUAAACAAGGACGGCCUGCAUCAUGGGAUGCACUUAUUGUUGCUCUUGUAAAACUAGUUUGUAAACUCGUUCAAACACCGUUGCCUAAUCUACGUUUGUCACGUGUUGAAAAUCCAAUGAAUAUGGAAAUUGGUGACAUAAAUCAAAAAUCAGAUGCAAGAAAUAUAGACCAAUGUGAAAAACUAAAUAGUUCACAAACAGAUGAGAGUAAAGUCGCCGAACAACAAACAUCAAUAAAAUCAAACCAAAGUAUAACUUCUAAACGUCGUCAUCCUUGUGUCGCAGACACAGUUUUACAACAUGAGCCAACAAUGAUAAGAUUACUUGGAGCAUUAGGACACAGUACAGGUUCAUCACUUGCAAUGUUAUUUGGAGAAGAUUCUACGUCCAGCACAGUUCCUGAGCUUGGUGAUCCAAAUUCUAUUCCAGAUGCUACUUUUCAACUUCUUAUGACUCUUGUCAAGAAAGCAACGAAUCCAACAUUUGUACUAAACCCAUUGUAUCACUAUUUGUCAUCCUCUCAAGAACAAAUUAAUACUGUCCAUAAUUUUGGUGUUAUGCAACUUUCAGAGCCACUGCUUUGGUACAUUUUAAAAGUCUUAGACAAUGAAACAUCUUUAGUGAUAUUUACUGAAUUAGGUGGUGUUAAAAUAAUCUGUGAAAAUAUGGUAAAAUCUAGUAGUACAAAUUAUGGAUACGAAAACACUAAUAUAUUAACACCAGGAAUUAUUGCUCUUGUAAUGCAACAUCUAUCAAAUGUACCAAACCUAGCAAUAGCUACUGGUACGUCAAGUAAAAAAUCAACAAGUAAUUUAGAAUCUCAUGAAGAAGGAUUAUUAAACUUUGCACCUCUUGGUACAAUAUCCUGGUUAAAACCCAUGGUAGAACCAGCUGAUGUAUUAAUUCAAAGUGCUGCACCUCAUAGACGAGCAAGAACUGCUGCUUGGUCUUAUCAUUUUUUCCCAGGUGAAGCUUGGAUUGAUCUCACAAUUACACUUCCAUGUGCUAUUCUUUUAAAAGAAGUAGAGCUUCAACCUCAUCUCACAGCAUUAGUUACCUGUCCUUCAGCUGUAGCGCUCGAGAUUUCUCGAGAAGCCAACUCUGAUUUUACACCGAUUUGUCCUCCAAUGCUUACCGCUGGUUUAACAUUUAUUCGACUUACUCUUGCUCAACCACAAGUAACAUCAGCAGUUUUAGUACGUCUUUAUAAACCUCGAGACUCAACUAAUAUCAGUCUUAGUCAAAUCAGGAUUUUGGGAACAACAGCAUUUGGUGAUAUUAAAUCGCGAAAUGAAACUAUCGAUGAAGAAAAACUGACUAAAAUGAGCUUAGGUUGGCUAAGACUGAUUUAUCAAUGUUUCUCAGUCAGUGCAUUAUCUUCAACAUUAUCUCAAAGUGUACUUGAUUCUGCAGCAUCAGUGACAGGUCUUAUUGAAGCCUGUUGUACACUUUUAUUACUUCCAGCGCCAUCAUUAUUCACAUCUAAUUUAGAAAGAGUUCUUCUACAGCUUGGAUUGCAUUCUCGUGAACUUGGACUUCAACUAAUCAGUUUACUUUUAAACAAUCGAUGUACCUUGUUAUUUCAAAAAUCUUUAUCAUCUCAGAAAACAUCAAUAAUACAAUUAAUAAUAGAACUACUUCAACAGUUAUGUAACAGUCAAGAUGCUAAUACUGAAGCUCGUAUAAUAGCUGUGCUCACAUGGCUUCAUACAUCUUCGAUGAAUAGUAUUACACAAGAUACUCACAAUAAUCCAAACGUUAUCAAUCCACCUGCAGCUUAUAUUCAUUGUAUUUCAACAAUAAUUUGGGAAGCGCAACAAAUUGAAAAUCGUACGUAUAAUCUAGAAAGUAUGUUAACUGAUGAUCUUUUUGAUUCUCUUUAUCAAUGGACUCUUUUGUUACAACCAAAUUCUGCAUUAAAACAAUCAAUUGAUGCGACUCUAUGCGCUUUUUGUUAUGUCAGACCAUCUUUAUUUACUAUACUUUUGCAAAAAGUUCGUAUUCUUGUACCGAAUUUAGCAACAGAUCAAUUUGCAUCAGUAUCAGAUGAUCGCAAAGAAAGUGAUGGUCAAACGGAUGAUAAAAAAAGUGAAGCUAAUACAGAAGAGUGGUAUUGUCGCUUACAUAUAUCUGAAUGUAAGCACCUAGAAUUAACCGAAGGACAAUUGUUAACUGUUGCAACUGCAGCACGUUCAACUCCUGGAAUUCAACAACUAAUUGAUUCAGGUCUUCCAUCUCUUUUAGUUAAUACCAUUGUAGCCUUUUGUAAAAUUCAUAUGAAGAUUAUAAAAGAGCAAAAUAGUACACUUGAUGUUAAUAAGUGUCAUAGCAGAAGUAAUGUAAAUAGUGGAUUAACUGAUAAUGAUAAAGCUGGUGAAACCGUUUACCAAACCCAGAAUAUUAGUGGACUGAAUAUGUAUAAUCCAGAUAGUAUUGCAACAGUAAUUGAAUUUUUAACUUUAGUUUGUUCAGAGGGUAAAAUGCGAGAUUGGUUAGGUGAAGAAGGUCGUAUCUUUUGGUUACCUCUUGUUACUUUAUUAAAUAGCAAACCUGUUGAGAGUCCAUCCACAUCUUUUGCUGAAGUAAAUGUAUCGUACACUAAAUUGGAAAAUGCUACAAUUAAAUUUCUUUCAAAAUGUUGUUGGUGUCAUCCGCACAAUCAAAAAUUACUUGCUGAAUUAUUAACUGAUGUUAUUUCACAAGAGCGAGUUUCUCCUUUUAACAUGAAAUAUCUACUUGGUAUUUCUGGGUUCACUCGACGGUUGAUUCUUCAAUUGUUAUUAGAAGAAGAGAAAGUAUUAGUGUCUGUAGUAUCAGAUGUUCCAAUGUCAAACAAUGCAUCAAAUCAAGCUAUACGAUCAAUGUUCCCUCAUCCAGCUCAUCCAUUAGGGCAUUAUCAUCAAUUGCUUUAUAUUUCAACGCAAUCAACAAUGGCGGACAUUUUACAACAAGUUUCAGGUUCUUGGCUCACUUUGCUACUACCUAAUAACUUUAAGGAGAAUGAAACUAUUACAACCGGAACAAAUUGUUCGCGGGAGCUUUGGGAAUCAAGUCUGGUUUCGGUGGUGGACAAAUUAAGUGUUGCAGCUGGAAAUACUGCCAAGGAUAAACAAGCUAAAGAAGCUUCGAAUAAAUCACAAGCUCGUGGACCUACUAUAAGAAAAUCCCGUGUAGACUCGGAUGUAACUUCAUCAUCAUCAUCAUCGUCAAAAAGUACAACCACUAGUACUCAAGACAGUUCUAUAAAUUCGUUAACUCAACAAUAUUUAUCUCACUCGGCUCGGCCGAACGUAAUUUUACCAUCAUCACUAAGUAUUGCACAGUUACUUGCAAUAGCAGAAGACAAUGGAUUAUCUUUAUCAAGUCCAUAUUUACACCUGGUACUUCAUCAACGUAACAAAGACAACAAAGAUGAUUCAAUUAAAUUAGAUGACAGUGAUUUAUUGACUUAUCGUUGUAUAGAAAGUGCUUUAAGUGUUUUCAGUGCAACUGGAGGUCUCGCAGUAUUAGCAAAACAUCUUCCUCUUAUUUAUCCUGAUUCAAGUCAACCUCGAGCAUUCAUAGAAAAGACUUCGCUACCUGAACAAACUGAGACUGAAUGGGUGAAAGUCGAAACCAAUGAAGAUGUUUAUGAAGAUUUAGAGGAUGGUGGAAAUUUACAUUCAUCUCGGGCAACUUCUUCAGUUCCCCAUGUACCACUGCAUUCCUUAACGGCAUUUGGAUUAUUCCUUAGACUUCCCGGUUAUGCUGAAGUAUUACUAAAAAACAGAAAGCAAGCACAAUGUUUGUUACGACUGGCUUUAGGUGUAGUAGAUGAUGGAGAAGGUGGCGAUGUAUUCAACUCACAAAUAGCUAGUUCCUUACCAACUUUACCUUUUCAAGUUUUAAAACAACUAUUAAAAGCAACACCUUUGACAACUGACGAUGGUUUAUUACUCCGACGAACCAUGGUUGAUAUUGGUGCGAUUCUUUUACUACUUAAUUGCUUAGCAAUCUUUACUCAUCAAACAGGAUACAAUGAGUUAUCAGACCAAAAAAAUAGUCAAACCAGUAGUCGUAGUGAUGACAAAUCUCAUUUGUAUUGGGCAAAAGGUACUGGAUUUGGAACAGGAUCAACUCAACAAUCUUGGAAUGUAGAACAAGCACUGUUACGUCAGCGUUCGGAAGAAGAGCAUGUUACUAUUCUUCUUCGAGUUUUAGCAAGCUACGUUGGUUCUGGAAGUCAUCCACAACGUGAACUUCCUGCGACUUUUGCCGAGCUUAUAUCCCGAUCGUGCCUUCUUCCAGCGUUAUCAUCGUAUUUGAGAAAUGAUUCAGUUUUAGACAUGGCACGUCAUAUUCCACUGUACCGCGCAGUUCUUCAAUUACUACGUUCAAUGGCACUGUCUCCGCAAUUAGCUUUAUUGUUACUGCCAAGAAUUGGUAAAUCAAAUGAUCCAUCUAUUGUUUCACUUCUUUCUACUAUGAGAAUUUGUGUAGAUACAUAUGUUCAUAAAAUCAAUCGUUCGCGUAGUAAUAAAUUAAAAGGUAUUAUUAAGUACCCAGACGAUACAGAGCAAGAUGAAGGAUUAGCAACAUUGAUACCUGAUAUCCAAGAAAGUGCAACAUUAGUGCAAAAUGCAACUUCAAGACUUCCUGUUAUUGGUGAAGAGCUUGUCAGUCCAAGCCCUACUGCUACUGAAUUACCUUUAAAAUCUAUAGAACAACGGUAUUUAGAUGUAAUGAAAAAUCUUCAAUUUGACACAUAUGAAAUGAUAUCAGAAAAUUCUGAUGGUAGUGGAUACCGAUUUGCAGUAUCUUAUCAUUUUGAGUCAAAUAUGAGAGCGGCGGGAGAUAGAAGUCAUCCUAUAAGAGUCAAAAGAUUAGCUCAAGAAGCUGUAACAUUGUCGACCGCUUUGCCAUUAUCUUAUAGUAGUAGUGUCUUUGUUCGAUGCGAUACUGAUAGAUUAGAUAUUAUGAAAGUUCUAAUAACAGGUCCAGCAGAAACACCAUAUGCCAAUGGUUGUUUUGAAUUUGAUGUUUAUUUUCCACCUGAAUAUCCAAACAGCCCAAUGCUAAUCAAUCUUGAAACAACUGGUCGACAUACUGUACGAUUCAACCCUAAUUUGUAUAAUGAUGGGAAAGUUUGCCUCAGUGUACUGAAUACUUGGCAUGGCAGACCCGAAGAAAAGUGGAACGCUCACACUAGUAGUUUUCUACAGGUUUUGGUGUCCAUUCAAUCUUUAAUCUUAGUACCCGAACCUUAUUUCAACGAACCAGGUUAUGAAAGGUCUCGCGGAACUGCUAGUGGUGCUCAAUCUAGUCAAGAAUAUAAUGCUAAUAUUUGUUUGGCCACUGUUAAAUGGGCAAUGCUUGAUCAAAUUAAAAAUCCAUGCCCAUGUUUUAAAGAUGUUAUUCACACGCAUUUCUGGAUUAAGAGACAUGAAAUAGUAGCCCAAUUAGAAAGUUGGAUUAUGGACAUGGAAACGUAUGGAUCUGAUAAACGUUCUGCUCGUACAAUUUCCCUUAAUGCUUUGGCUUUGAAGAGACACUAUAGACUUUUGAGAGAUGCUCUUAAUAAACUGCCAACACCUCAGGGCCUUGAAGAUCUAGUUGAACCUUUGCAAUCUCCGAGCUCACCAUUAGAAAUGUCUGGCACGCCAAAUACACCGCCAACAAGUACAUUAUCAACAGUGACAAUAGCUACUCCGGUAACUAAUGUCGGAGGCAGCAAUCACAUUCAUCAUGAAAUUGAUACAGAUGUUGAAAUGGAGAAAAUGGUAUCAAAUGUUUGUGAAUAGCUGAUGAAGGUUAAUAACAAAGAUUGUUGGAUCUUUUGAAAAGUCUAUUCGUAGUGUUGAACAAUACGACUGAAAUUAAUGUAAGAUGACAAAAAUAUCCUAUUAAAUUGAACACCUCAGUUUAAAAACUCAAUUUAUAAUGAAUAUGUCGAAUAUUUAAAGCUAAAAAGUAAACAGUUAAAUAAUUAUUAGUAAGUUUAAGAUAUUCAUAUUUUACUUUAUUUUUUUUUUGUAUUACAUUUAUUUACUAAAAAUGAUUGGAUAAAUACAAAAAUACUAUAAUUUUCUACUUGAGCUGUGACUAUCAAGUUCUUUCUUACGUUUAAAUAGGCUAUAAUAUAAUUGUUACUUUAUAUGAAAUUAAAAUUUGAUUAAGUAUGAAAGAUGAUUUAAGUAAUGAUGAUAGAUUAUUACUCGAUCUGGUUGCUUUUAUAACGAGUAUGUAUACCAUUAAUUAAUAUAAACUAUUUACGUGAAUUAAAAUCGAAAAAACGUUAUUCGCACUCUUUAUUUGAUUUUUCUCACGUGACCAAGAAAAAAAAAUGAAAAUGAAUAAAUCUGAAAAAAAAAUCAAGUCACACUUGAUACUUUAAAGAACUUUAUUGUGUAACAGAUAGAUGCCAAGAGUAUAUUGUAUUGUAUAUAAAUUGCCAAUAAGUUUAACUAAAGUAACUACUUACACGGA